AAAGCUUGUUCACAGUGAGCACGCUCUGCCACAGUUUCGCUCAAGAGUUGCGUGUCCUUUGAAUCGCCAUGGGUCGCAAUUCUCAUAACCCCGCUUGGAUCUUUCUUUAUUUUGCAUCAAGAUCUGUUUUCAGGUGAAGAUACAUUUCACAUUGCGUACGAAUGGCGAAUUAGGCAAUUUUUUAACAGUAAUUCUUGAUGAGAAGUUUUGGUUUUAUAAGGGAGGAUUUGAAAGUUUCUUGUCCACAUAGCUGCAGGAUGUGUGCCCAGAAUUGGAGUGAACCACAAUUGAGAGGAGGAAUAAAUUUGGUUGUGGGGAACCACGUCCGCGGGGGGACUUCUGUGACCGCCAUUGUUGAAAGCGGACGUGCUUUUUGAUGAGGUUCACGACGGCGUUCAAAGAUUGCACGUGCAUCGUUCUAUUGCCAGGCAACGUUGUUUAAAUUACCUGAGAUAUGCUGUGUCUCUUCCAUGGCCUGCUUUGAAAGGUGUUAGCUACGCAAGAAUUGAGGGGGAUGAUGCUGUGAGAAAAGGUUACUGGAGUUUGUUGACUUUCUCAUUGCAGAAAUGAUUUUGGUUCACAAUGCAUUCGUUUAUACUAUGCCUCCGAUUAGUCAAAGGUUGCUAGGUGGCUUAGAUAGAGUAACAAACUAGGACUCAGUGAUGAUGUGUUCAUCCUUUGAAAGCUGAGAAGCCUGAACACGAGAACCUAAGUUUUCAUCAUUCUUAUGUAAACUCAGUGAUGAAGGUUAGAAUGCUUCAGAAAUAGGAAUCCGUGAGCCAACAAGCGGAGAUCAGACGUGAAGAAGCUGUAAUUGGUGAUUACAGACAAAUAUGAUCAUGAAACCUAACCUCAUUUGUGGUCCAUUACUGAAACACAUCGCACACGCCUUGAACAAGAUUGAGGAGGAGGAGGAGUUCAAAAGAAGAUCGAUUGUGAAGUAUGGGGGAGAGAGAAACAUGGUCUGCGGAGACGGCGUCCUGUGAAAAGAUACAUCGAUUUGAGCUGAGGAUGUACUGUGGCGAGGUUACAUGUACUUGUUGAAGUCUUGAAUUGCAUUGGAGAAUCUGUUUAGAGUUCACAAAGAACAUUUGGUCGCACGAGCGACGAGGUUAGAUACCUAAUUCUGCGCAGAUUGCGAAUAGUACUCGCACCUGCGAACCAUGGAGAUGUUGGCAGGACCGGCCGGUCGUCCGCAACCAGAAACACAGCUCAUCAGGGAGGAUUUGGUCCAAAAAGUUUCAAAUCCAAAAGAAAUUGGAAUAGUCGCUGAAAUAUCCGGUGAUUCUACAUCCACAUCAAACAUGGCAAUCACAUGCGAAGAUGUUGACGGGGAAAACACUUGCAAUCCUUCUGGCUCAGCUAGGAUUGUGUGGCUAAGGUCACAGGAAACAGAGGAGAAUGUCACUGACCUUCGCGUACUCGACAGAUCAUUCGUUCUUGGAGACGUUGUUGCUACUUCAGCUAAUCCCGAUGGCCAGACGGGAAUUGUGACGGAGAUCAGCAUGUCCGUGGAUUUGGAGCUUCCCAGUGGAGAAGUUGUAGAAGGAAUUGACAGCCGCAGACUUCGACGUGUACGUUCAUACAUGCCAAGGGAUUUUGUUAUCGGCCCUGGCAACUGGCUCGGCCAAAUCGAACAGGUCAUAGAUAACGUAACUGUGAUGUUUGAAGGUGGGGCUAAGUGCAAGAUCUUUCGAGCUGACACUGAACGUUUAUUCCCUGUAAAGGGUGGCCUUAUGGACGAUACAAACUCCCCUUAUUAUCCAGGCCAACGGGUGAGAGUUGCUACCUCAGGAGUAUUCAAAGAUGCGAAGUGGCUGAAAGGCACAUGGAACCCUAACAAGACCGAAGGUACUGUUGUUGCUGUGGAGGUUGGAUCAGUGUUGGUUAACUGGAUAACUUCUGCACAUACUCUACCAGGUGCAUCCGCAGGAGCGCAACCUUCAGCUGCACCUGCAAUGUUUCAAAAACCUUCUGCACUUCUGCAACUGAUGUACAUAUCACACACGAAUUGGCAGCUAGGUGAUUGGCCUCUCCUGCCACCUGGAUUCGACGCGAUGGAACAUGCUGUAGCUGCCGGUGAAGAAGGAGUGCCAUUGGAUCAGUAUUUCAAUGGUUGUGCACCUGCUGGCCGUGGUAGUCCUUUGGAUUCUGACAAUUAUCAAGAUAUCACACCACGCACUGUUCUUAAUAAGGACUUAAUUUUUAAUACCUUGAAUGUUCAUGAGGAAAAGUUGAUCAAGAAGCAAACGAAGAUCGCGAGGAAAGAACGCAGAGCCGCCAUGAAAAGGGAGCGGGGAGCAGAGCAUGCUGCCUUGGUGGUAAAGACCAAGACCAAAGUGGAUGUCAAAUGGCAGGAUGGAACCAAGUCUUAUGGAGUGGAGGCUUCUGCUCUUGUUCCAGUCGAAUACCUUGGUGAUCAUGAAUUUUGGCCUGAGCAAUAUGUUCUGGACAGAGGCUCCGAUGGGGAAGGGACUGACCAGUUAGAGCGCCGUGUUGGCGUGAUGAAAAGUAUUGAUGCAAUGCAAAGGACUGGUGUAGUCCGAUGGCUGAGACACACAGGGACUUUCGAAAAUCCCCUUGAAUUUGAAUUUGAAGAGAAUGUCAGUGUUUAUGAGAUAGUUGAGCAUCCUUAUUUCAAUUUCUGUCUUGGUGAUGUGGUGAUGCGUUUGACCAUGAACAAGCCGGAAGUGGAGCCGAGUAAUUUCUCCAAGGACUUUGAACAAGAAUCAGCUCCAUGGUCUGAGCGUGAAGUGGAGGCUGCACGAGUUGGUGAAACUGAAGCCGAACAAGAGAUAGGGAGCGUUGAUCAACUGGAUGUUGCUAGUGGUAAAUGCAUUGAAGGGCCCAAGAAAGGUAAAUGGCCCCGUCGAAAGCGGGGUCGGGUAGGGAGACGCAGUCAUUGCGAUCGACCAACUGUCGAUACGUCAUGGGUUGGAAACGUAAUUGGCUUGAAGGAUGGAGAAAUUCAAGUGGUGUGGGCAGACGGAAACAUUUCAAAGGUAGGUCCAGCAGAUGUAUUUGUUGUAAAUAAUGAAGAUGAAGAAGCUCUACUGGAAGCAAGUGAGUCACAGAUUAUGUAUGGUGAUGAUGCCCUCACAUGGGCCUCACUGGAGAAUGAUGAAGAGGUCGAGGUAGGUCAGAACUCAUUUACACUGAUAUCAGAUCAAUCUCCACAUGCGAUUUGUCAAACCAGCAAUUUCGAAGUGAAGGAACUUUGCAAAACAAUGUCAUCGCAUGCAGUUUCAAUUCAGAAUAUAACUGCAGUUCAGGAUGAUGGUUCAGCAAAAUGUAGCCCUCGUCAAGACAGGGGUACAUUAGCCGUAUGUAAGAAGCUAUUUUCGCGAAUGGCAGAUGCUCUACGAGUAAUGAAUCCACGGUCAACCAACUUAGUAUUUAUUCCAGGUACACUUUGUUGUUCCAAUUUAGACGAAGUGCUCGACACUCACCGUACUCUGGUAGGACCAAACUCAUUGACUUCAGCCAACAACGAUGCCAAUCAGAAUUUUGGAAACGAGGACUUCAGUUUCAAAAUUGAUUCCAGCCAUAAAAUGGAGUAUAAUAUCCUUGCAAACGCUGCUGGUGCUAAAUGCACACAUUUCUUGAAAUCUUCAGCAAUGCAACUGCAAAUUGAUUCUCAAUUGGCAGGAUUACACCCUGUUCUUGCUUCCGACAUAUAUUCUGGUUGUAGUUUGGAACCCUCAAUCCAACCAGAGCUAGUACAUGAAGGAACACAAGAGCCGCCAGAGCGCUUCAAACAAUUUGACUGUGUUUGUGGAGUUGCAGAUCACCAUUUUGUGAAUCUUUCAUGCCCAAACCCGCAGAGGAAAUGGACUAAGAAAAUACAAGCUGAAUGGGCGAUUCUUGAGGAGAACCUUCCAGAUUCAAUCUAUGUCAGAGUGUGCGAGGAUCGCAUGGACCUACUCCGAGCUGCGAUAGUUGGUGCUCAAGCUACCCCUUAUCAUGAUGGUCUCUUCAUCUUUGACAUCCACUUAUCCGAGGAAUUCCCUCAUGUCCCUCCAGUAGUAUACUACCACUCCGGCGGUCUGCGGCUGAAUCCAAAUUUGUAUGAAAACGGCAGUGUAUGUUUAAGUCUUCUCAACACAUGGAGAGGAAAAGGAACCGAGGUUUGGGAUGCUUCAAAUUCGAGCAUACUUCAGCUUUUGGUCUCAAUACAAGGAUUGGUCCUUAAUGCAACUCCCUAUUAUAAUGAGGCUGACUAUGAAAAACAGAUAGGUCUCCCUGAAGGCGAAAGAAACUCUCUUAUGUAUAACGAGAACGCUCUCUUGUUGUCAUGCAAAUCCAUGUUGUAUCUACUCCACCGACCUCCACAGCAUUUUGAGUUCCUGAUUCGGCAGCACUUCGAGGAGAGGGGACCAUCGAUACUGAAGAUAUGUGCGGCGUACAUGAAUGGCGCCUUGACAAGCUUAGUUUCCAGACGGGAAAAACCGGUCGGGCUUCAUGGCGCUUGUGAGAAAAACUUUAGCUGCAGGAUGGUUAGAGCAGCCUCUUGCUGGAAAAAAGUUUGAAUUGUUAGACCUC